CGUUCGAGCCUAGUGGCACGUCGCCGUCGUCGAAGUGUUCGCGUCCUCACGUCUUAUCAGUGAUGGCGUGAUGUGCGCUCGCGCGUGACGUGAUCGUAAGUGACAGACGUGACAGUGAAGUGUUGACUGUGGUGACUGACUGACAGUGGGACAAGCCGGCAAAGUGGCGGGUAACAACAAUAACCAUACCAUGUUCACCCGGUUCGACGCCACCAAGUCGACCAAGGGUGCGAGCAAGCUCCGGAGAGAUCUCAUCAACGCCGAGAUAGCCAACCUGCGGGACUUGCUGCCUCUGCCCCCCAGCACCAGGCAGCGCCUCAGCCAGCUACAGCUCAUGGCUUUAGUCUGCGUCUACGUGCGCAAGGCUAAUUACUUUCGCGAGUUUUUCAAACGGCACGAGCUGUCGAUGCACCACAUGCCAUCCCCACCGACCCCCAACAUUGGGUUUUCCAAGGCACUCAGCGGGUUCCUGAUGAUGAUGACUCAGAAUGGGAAGCUGCUGUACAUCUCAGACAAUGCUGCUGAAUACCUGGGACACUCUAUGGAGGACUUGCUGAUCCACGGAGACAGCGUGUACGACAUGAUAGACAAGCAAGAUCAUCAAGCCAUACAAACCGAACUGGUGAGGAGCGCCAACACCCACGGCGAGGACAACAGACUCUUCCUCUGCAGAAUGAACGUCUCCAGGAAUGCGCGAAGACAGAUGAGGUUCGGCGACCAAAAGGUGGUUCUAGUCCAAGGACACUACUUGUCGUUCCUGCCGCUGUGUAGUCGCAACGAACCAGUGUUUCUCGCCACCUGCACACCCGUCGCCAUGCCCGAGACCCGCGAGUGUGUUGUCCAGGGUGCCACCAACGUCUUCACCUCCAUACACGCUAUGGACAUGAAGUUCGUCCAUAUCGACAAGAACGGGGAGUUCCAUCUAGGAUUUCCGAGGUCGGAACUGCAAGGAGCAUCCUGGUAUCAGCUGCUGCACUGGGACUGUAUGAGAGAGGCUCAGAGCAAACAUAGGCUAAUAACCCAGUCGGAGCAGGACAGGUCCUGCAUCCUGCUCCUGCGGAUACAACGGCGCACAGGAGACUGGCUAUGGGUUCACUGCGUCCUGCAAGUCAAAGACAACAUGGAAAAUAGUCAACAGCCCGUCAUUGUCUGCACCAACCAGGUUCUCAGCGACCGAGAAGCCACGGUGAUGCGAGCUAACAGUUGGCUGUACCACUACUACAUGGUGCAGAGCAAGCUGCAGUACGGUCUCGCCUACGACACUCACCCUACCACUAGAAUGUCAACCCCUUACUACCAGCAGCCUCAGCCCUACCAGGACAGUCCACCAGUUGCCACCUACCACCAGAUGUCCCCCUCCCAGUUGCCCGCCCCGCCCCACCUCCACCCACAGGCGACGCUGCCGCACACUCCGGAGCCGGUCUUCCGGUACGGGCGCCGCACCGAGCCAGAACCUGUGGACUAUUCCCUGCACUCCGCCCAGCCGGAGAUGCCCCAGAGGUCACCCCAUCUGAAGCAGGAGCCCCAGGUGGACCUGUCACCCAGCGCUUCCCCCUGCUCCGAAGCUGUCGACAGAGAGGGCGGUGCUUCUGUACUGAUGGCUAGCAGCACGGCUUCCCUCGGUCGCUCCAGACUUCUCGUCAAGGCUGCCACUACAGUGGUGGAUCCACAUGACUUUAUGGACCAAUGGAACCCGAGCCCACCAUGGUCCGACACCACGGUCCAGAAGGUACCCGACAUCAUCCACCAAGACCUGAGCCCCUACGUGACGACCACCCCACCCACCCCCGUCAGCCUCCAGCACACCCCCCACUCCGCCUUCAGCUUCGACUGGACGCCGGAGCAGUUCGUCCCUCAGGUCCAAGGAUCUCAGCACCUUGCGGACGAAGAGCACUGUCCUCACCUGUCUUGGCCCUCGGAACACAGACUCUUCCCCUUGCAACCCCCGCCGGCCGGCAGCAGACCUGCCCUCGUCCUCAGGCUUGAAUCUGACCCCAUGGACCAGUCUCAGCAUAAAGAUGCGAGGAGCGGGUCCGGGCUGUAGCGUGUGACCGGACGCUAGCGAGUGUCAAGAGGCGCUAGCGGGAGAGGACAUCCUAGGCUGUGAUCUCAUCUACCCUACUGCUGCAACCGCCACUGCUGUCUGUACUUUUUAGUAGUUAAGUCUGUAAAUCUCUGUCUAGAAAAACUUAACUAAUCAGUUAGUGUACUCGUGAAAUUCAUGAAAAUCAACUUGAUUAGACGUAGGCAGAAGAUUCAUAAAAAUUAACAAAUAUUUUAUGAGGCAUAUAAUAUUUUAAACUUUUAGACUAAAUAUCAAUUUUUAUAUUAAAAAAAAACUAAAAACAAAAAUAAAUUUUUAAACAAUUUUUUAGAGAUGAAUGAUUUGGUUUUUAAAUAGGAUUUCAAUUAUGAAAUGAUGUUCUAUAUUAAGAACUGUCCCCCAUCUUCAAUUUAUUAAAAUUAUACUAACACAAUAUUUUAAAAAAUAAACGCCAUUAUAUUGUUUUAACUUGGUUUUAAUAGGUUUUAUAGAAGUUAACAAUAAAUUAAGUAAAGUAAAUUAGUUAUAUAAUUAAAUUAAAGUAAAUUUAUUUAAUAACUGUAUAAAACCGUAAAUAUUGUUCCAGAUAUUUUAUCCAUAAAACUUAUUCUCAACACCGAAUCCAAAUUGUGAAGGAAUAUAUUUAACUCAUUUUUGCAUAAAUAGAUCUAAUGGUUGUGGACAAUGCAAAUUGAAUACCUGUAGACUAAAUUAAGAGUCAAAUUUAAAAUUAACAUGUCAUCGUUAAGCAUCUGUUUGUAAUGAAACUGUAAAACAUUGACAUUACAGAGUACUUAUGUUAUUCUGUAACUAUAGACGAAAUUUAUAAUGGUUAUGUAAAAUUUAACUUAGUGACUUAAUAUGUUUCUAAGAUUGAAAACCAAAUAGUUUCAUUAAACCAACAAUUUUGUUUGUCACGCUUUAUUACAUUUAAAAUAUAAUACUGCUGAAUAUUUAAUUUUAACUUUAUCUUUUAAAUAAAGACUAUAAACUGAAAAUUACUAUUAAUACUUACAAUAAAUAGUACUUAGUUAUUUUAAAAUGCUGUUAUGUUAUGAAGUUUAACUAAAACAGUCAGAGCCAAUUUAGUGGUGGGUUGUUGUUCAGGGUAGCUCUAAGUGCCUAUAUUUAUAACUCACAGAGUAUUUAACUUAGUUAAACAAUGUUUUCUGUAUUUAUUGUUUGUAUUAUUGUAUACUAGUGUAUACUAAAUGUAUAUACAAGUAUUCUGGCUGGAUGUGCAAUAGACCAAUCAUAUCUAUUUUAUUUAAUAAUUAAAAUGAUACGUAUAGCUAAUUUUACUUGUUGUUUUAUCCUAUAGUAUUUAUUGCAACUUGAGAGAAGACAAGCCAUCUGGCAUUAUCUAGUAGCGAACUUUACUGCAAUAAGAUCUCUAUUUUUGUCUAAGACUUAUAGUUAGUACAGUUAAUCGUGAAACAUGUGUAAAAUUUGUGUAAUAUAUAUUUUGUGAAGUGAGGAAUAGAUUAAUGAACAAGCUGUGUUGGCUUGAAAGUGAUUCUAACAUAGUAUACUUACCGUCCAUAGUAUGUGUAUUCAUUAAUAAAAUCAUAUGUUUAUGUUAUGAAGGUAAAUGUCUGUAAUAGCCUCAACAUUAUUGAGGUUCGUUAACUAUUAUCUAGUACCUGUAAUAAGUUCUCAAACGUCUUUUUACGAUAAUAAACCUAGAUUUGUGAAAAAAAUAGUCUUGAAAUAUGAGGUUUUUAUUUUUUGGACUUUUAAAUAGGCCUAAUAUACUUUAUCUACAUAAUCUGUAUCUUGAUUUCUUCUUAAUAUAUCUGAUUUCAGAAUCUAUUGCUACAUUUAAAAUAUUUUGUCUGAGUUUAUAAUCUUAUAUACACAAUAUAUAAUUAUAAUCUUGUAAGAAAUUGAAUGGAAAUUUUAAUUGUUGUACUUUUUGAAUGAAUAUAAUAAAAGGACUUGUUUAUAAUUAUUUUCAAUUAUAAACGUUCUUAUGAAAUAUGAUAAAAUAUAUUUCUAUGUUACAUAUAUAUGUACUAUUAGAAAGGAUCGGUAGAGUCUAUGUAUUUUGUUAAAUAAUCAAAUGUGGCAAAAAAUGUUUUAUUCGUAAUUAUUUAAGCAAUUAAGUUAAAACAAAAAAGUUUCUAAACCAUGGGUUAUUUUCAAGAAGACUGGCGUCGUUUUAAAAUAAUCGAGGAAUAAACGAAUUAUAUUAAACCUAUAAGUUGUUUAUAUAAGUUGUUUCUAAAACAAACAAACAACUUAUCCUUUGAUUUAUAAAAACCAAUGUAAUAACGUCCUUGAUCAAAGUGUCAGGAAUGACAUAAUGUAUUAAUUUAUGCUAAUUUUCCAUACACAAAGGUUUCAUUUAGCUGCAAAAUGUUAGGUUAGGUCGUAGAUUAAAAAUAGUUAAACGAAAUUAAGACAAAAUGGCUUUUUGCUCUAUUUUACUAUAGCUAAAAUAAAUGGUGUUAAAACACGAUCUUUUAUAUUUUUAAUAUUUCAAGAUAUUUAAGAUAAAUUAAUUAGAGUAUUUUAUUACUUCAAUGUAUAUAACUGUCACUUAAAUAUGUUUUUGUGUUCGAGUAAACUUUAUAAAUAUAUUGGUUUUUAUUUUUUUUUUUUAUAUAUUUUUUUUAAAAAAAACUUUAUGGCAGGUUUUCUAAGUACUCAAUACAAUUGUUUAAAUAUUGGUCAGUAUUUUGAACUGAUAGUAAAAUCAAAUUCUAAAAUAUCUAUUUAUACUUUAAAAGGAAUGUUUGACGCUUGUAUUAGAAUCCUUCAACAUUUUUAUUGUUUACAAAAACCGAGAUUUCGACGGUAUAUUCUGUAAUUUUAAAACGUAAUAGAGUUUAUUUUAUUUUCAUGUAAUAAUUCCUAGCUAUUUAUAAAUCUCCGUCAUCGUGUCUUGUAAUAAUGUCUGAAAGGUUGUAUUUACUGUAUUUAUGUAUAAUGUACAAAUUAGUGUAUAAAGCCCUCGACAUGAGGUUAACUGUAUACUAAGAUAAUGUAUACCGUAUACAACAGUAUACUGUAAAUAUAGUUGUAUGCUACACGAGCACGGCCGCCAUAGUAUAUACACUACUACAAUGUACAUAGUUCAGUGGCUUAGCCAACUUUAAUUUUAAGUAUAAAUUAAUUGUUUAUAGAUUAAAUACUAUAUGAGUGUACUAAAUGUACAGUAAUAUAAUUUGCUAUAUGUCAGCAACAGUUGUAUAUGAAAACCGUCCAGUGAAAAUAAAUUUUUAAAUCCUG